UACUUCAUCGGCAUUGAUAUCGGCACCGGUUCAGCUCGCGCGUCUCUCGUUGCACGAAACGGUGAGAUAAUAGCGUCUUCCACGAAGGAUACCAUCACCUGGCGUGAUCGGCACGAUUACCGUAUCUUCGAGCAAUCCACGAACAAUAUCUGGGAGCAGAUUUGUACCGCGGUAAAGGAAAUAUUGGAGCAAUCUAACAUUCCCGCGACCGCAGUCAAGGGGCUUGGCUUCGAUGCCACCUGCUCUCUUGCUGUGUCGGAUUUCGACGGGAAUCCGAUAACAGUGACCAAGGGCAGCAGUAUUGGCAUUCAUGGCGAUCGGAACGUCAUUCUGUGGGCGGACCAUCGCGCCGAGAAGGAAGCUGAACUUAUCAACUCCACUGGGUCGAUCGUCUUGAAUUAUGUAGGCGGAACCAUGAGUCUUGAGAUGGAGGUGCCUAAGAUUCUUUGGCUCAAGAAGCGCAUGGACCCUGCUCUGUUCGCCCGGUGCCAAUUUUUUGAUCUUCCCGAUUUUUUCACAUACAAGGCAACUGGAGAUAACACACGCUCCUUUUGUUCGGUUACGUGCAAGUGCUCUUAUGUUCCCGACAAAGGCUGGCAGCCGGACUUCUUUGAGCGCAUUGGUCUCGGUGAACUCGUCGAUGAUGAUAACUGGAAGCAUAUGGGCGCCGCCAGGGGGAAAGUGCAGACUGCCGGAAGCCCAGUUGGUCGAGGAUUAUCUAAAAAGGCGGCUGAAGAACUUGGACUUGUGGAAGGUACUGCUGUUGGAAGUGGUCUGAUUGACGGGUAUGCUGGUUGGAUGGGCACAGUUGCCGCUCGAUACACGGAGAAUGGACAACUUUCAAACGUGCUUCCUUCUCUCGACGAGUCUCGGCACCGUUUGGCUAUCGUUGCCGGAACGAGCACUGGCCAUAUUGUUCAAAGUCGGGACAGUGUCUUCGUAAAGGGUGUAUGGGGCCCAUAUAGGGACACAGCUUUCCCUGGUUGGUGGAUGAAUGAAGGGGGCCAGUCGUCUACGGGACAGCUUAUCGACUUUAUCAUCACCACUCACACCGCGUAUCCCGAACUCAAAGAACGUGCAAAGCAAGAGGGAAAGUGUAUGCAUGUUGUCUUGCUGGACGUCCUCGAAAAGUUGCGGCACGAGAAUAAUGUUGAUACCUACACGGAGCUUACGAAGGAUCUACAUUUCUAUCCUGAUUUCCAUGGAAACAGGUCUCCAAUUGCCGACUCUCGAAUGAGAGGUUCCAUUGUCGGUCUUGAGCUGGACGCAUCUAUAGCCGACCUCGCUCGCAAGUACUACCUUACCCUGGAAGCUAUCGCCCUUCAAACACGCCAUAUCAUUGAAGCUCUCAACGCGGCAGGGCAUGACAUCACCUCUCUGUAUCUUUCUGGUGGGCAGGUAAAGAAUGUGGUGAUAAUGCAGCUCUUUGCAGACACAUGUGGCAUCCCCGUCAUCUUGCCCAAGUCGUAUUCUGAGGCGGUGGUUCUUGGUGCAGCGAUGCUGGGAAGGAUUGCAGCGGAGGGUGCUAAAGACGGAGAAGACAUGUGGAAGAUCAUGGUCGAGAUGACACCUGCUGGUACCCUCGUGGCCCCUGGAGCGUCGUCGACAGUCGAGAAAAUACUAGAUGCCAAAUACAAUAUAUUCCUAGAAAUGAUCGAUAUCCAGAAGCGCUGGAGACGUCAGAUUGAAGAAGCUAGUAGCCAUUGAAAUGUGUGUACAUUCCAAUUUAGUUUACGAUACAUUUCUGUAUUAUUACCCCAAUAUUGUACGGACGAAAGAGCGCGAGCUCGGUAUCCCAAUCAACAGCAAGACCUAAUCGGUAACUACCAACAAAUUUGAUGAACGAAAUUUGUAUGUGUUUCAUACUUGGGUAUAAAAUUUUAUCCCCAGGUAAUAUACGCAACGCACCAAAAACUAUUCGAAACCUCCCCAUGGAUGUGUCAGUUAGGCUUUGACACUCGGCCACUCUGCGAUAAUGUCAUCUGUGCGGCGGCGAAGGUCAUGCUCGUCUCUGAGUGGAAUA